AUGAAUUCUACUUCAUCAACUGCAUCUUCCCAACUUCCAUCAUCACAACAAAAUACCAUGAUGAUGAAACGAAGGAGAAGAGAACCCAUCAUUCUUGAUAUCAACAACAACAACAUGGCAACCCCAUCCUCCACCAUUACGAAUAGUUGCUCCUUCUCAAUCUAUCAUCCUUCUCGAAGUACGAAUAAUUCUUCUUCAUCAUGCUCCACAAAUAACUAUUCCCAGUUUGAUAUUGCAGCAACCACCACAACAUGCACAUGUUCAUCGAAUAACCACCAUUAUCAUGAAGGCAACAAUGAACAUCAUGCUCCAAUGAGCGAGGAUGAAUUCAUCAUGCUAUGCGAAAUGAAAAGUUUCAUGGAUGAAAAUUGUCGGAAAAUGUUGCAAGAAUUCCUCGAGAUGAAUGAACAAGAGUUAGAAAGAGAGAUGAAAAAGUUGUGGGAUCCAUGA